AUGAACCCAGACGACAGGGAAAAGACCGCUUUCAUAACAGAUCGCGGCAUCUAUUACUACAAGGUCAUGCCGUUCGGACUGAAGAAUGCUGGAGCAACCUAUCAACGGCUUGUCAAUAAGAUGUUCGCCGAUCAGCUUGGAAAAACGAUGGAAGGUUACAUCGAUGACAUGCUUGUCAAAUCCCUUGAAGAGAAGGAUCAUGUGACUCAUUUACGCAACUGCUUCAAACAGCUCAACUCAAACAACAUGAAGCUCAAUCCGACUAAGUGUAGGUUCGCAGUGACAUCUAGAGAAUUUCUCGGAUACAUGGUAACCCGUCGAGGCAUAGAAGCAAACCCAAAGCAGAUCCUCGCGCUGAUCGAAAUGACCUCACCAAAGACGAAGUUAGAGGUCCAACGGAUUACAGGUCGCGUAGCAGCACUUAACCGUUUCAUUUCCCGCUCAACGGACAAGUGCCUACCUUUUUACGACACCCUGCGCGGAAACAAGAAAUUCGAGUGGAACGACCGGUGCGAAAACUAUUUGUAA